AUUACAACAACUACAAAACAAUGCUUUUACUAAUACCUCAAUAUUAGCUCAAAAAGCAGUUUUCAUCCCUUUACAACACACUACCUUUACAAGUCAAAUUAUUGAGACAGCUCACAACUUCAAUAUAGCUUUUCACAGCCCACCUCAAGAAUGGCCGCAACCGAUAAACUUUACAGAAACAUCAAUUAAUGAUAUACUUCAAAAUAUUAAAGAUGAAACCAAAAUUAAAAAAUUUACCAACAAAUAA